AGUGUGUGUGAAGUAGGUGAGUAGGGGGCUGGCUAGCUGGCUGGCUGUUGUUGGGCGGGUGGAACACGUGUAAGCGGCGGCGCUGUGUCUCUAUCAGUGGCAGUGGAUCAGGAUCAGUAUCAGCCAGCGCUAUCUCGGGCUGCACUGCUGCUCCGUGCUUGUGGUGUGACAACGGGCAUCCGGCGUCUGUCUCAGUGUGUGUGUGUGUGAGAGAGAGGGAGAGAGAGUGGAAAAGAAGGCUUUGUCCUGCCCUGUCGAUUUCAAGACUGGGAACUGGGGCUGUGGCUGGAACUGGGGCUGUGGCUGUGGCUGCAUCCAAGCCAAACCUCCCCACUGUGUGUGUGUGUGUGUGUGUGACCUGACCAGUCUGCAAACAACGCGGCGAUCUGGAGCAAAGGCAAAGGGGGGUCUGGUCUGGUCUGGUCUAAUUGCAACUCCCUGCUUGACGGAGCUCCUGAGCAAGAGGUACACAAGAGGACGGUCAGCAUGAGGACACUCCACUUCUCCUCCACUUUCAUCCUCUCCUUCAGCCUGGGCAUCAUCCUCCGCCUCGCCAAAGGAGAAAUAUGCAAAACCAACCCAUGCGAGAAUGGUGGUACCUGCAUGGCAGGGUUGGCAGAUGAAGCUUUUUCAUGUGAUUGUCCCGAUGGAUUCACAGGUCCCAGCUGCUCUAGUAUUGUGGAGGUUGCUGCAGAUGGAGAGGAGUUAACUACAGCAGGAGCUUGUCAACCGAACCCUUGUCAUAAUGGAGGGAUAUGUGAAGUGAGCGACAGUUAUCGUGGCGACACAUUUGUGGGUUACAUCUGCAGGUGUCCUGAUGGAUUCAGCGGAAUUCAUUGUCAACAUAAUAUAAAUGAAUGUGAGUUUGACCCCUGUAGAAAUGGUGGGAUAUGCACUGACCUCAUUGCAAACUAUUCCUGUGAAUGUCCAGGAGAAUUUAUGGGCAGAAAUUGCCAGCACAAGUGUUCAGGACCCCUCGGGAUGGAGGGAGGGAUUAUAUCCAAUCAACAAAUUUCAGCCUCGUCGACACACCGUGCCCUGUUUGGGCUACAGAAGUGGUACCCAUACUAUGCCAGACUGAAUAAAAAAGGCCUUGUAAAUGCAUGGACUGCAGCAGAAAAUGACAGAUGGCCCUGGAUUCAGAUUAACCUGCAACGCACAAUGAGAAUCACAGGAUUGAUUAGUCAGGGGGCUAAGAGACUUGGCAGCCCCGAAUAUGUAAAAUCGUACAAGAUUGCUUACAGUGGUGAUGGCAAAACCUGGACUACUUACAAAGUAAAAGGCACCUAUGAGGAUAUGGUUUUCCGUGGAAAUGUCGACAACAACACACCACACGCAAAUUCAUUUAAUCCUCCUGUCAAGGCUCAGUUCAUACGACUAUAUCCCCAGGUGUGCAGGAGACACUGUACGCUAAGAAUGGAGCUGCUUGGCUGUGAGAUGUCAGGCUGUUCAGAACCUCUGGGGAUGAAAUCAGGACAUAUCCAGGAUUACCAGAUUACCGCUUCCAACACCUUUAGGACCUUAAACAUGGACAUGUUUACAUGGGAAUCCUCGAAAGCUCGCCUGGAUAAACAGGGAAAGAUUAAUGCUUGGACAUCAGGGCGCAGUGAUCAGUCACAGUGGCUGCAGAUUGAUCUACUUAUUCCUACUAAAGUGACCGGUGUAAUCACCCAAGGCGCUAAAGAUUUUGGUCACAUACAGUUUGUCGGUUCGUACAAGGUGGCCUACAGCAAUGAUGGAAAGAAAUGGACCAUUUAUAAAGAUGACAAACAACAAAAGGAUAAGGUUUUCCAAGGUAAUUUUGACAAUGAUACACACAGGAAAAAUGUAAUAGAUCCUCCAAUCCACGCACAAUAUAUUAGAAUCUUGCCCUGGUCGUGGUAUGGCCGAAUCACUCUGCGGACGGAGUUACUGGGAUGCACGGAAGAGUGACAAUGAAUGGUGGUUACUGACAAGAACGUUAUCACUGUCCUACUAUUACUCAACAAAAACUGCACAAACCUGUAAGAUAUUGAAGGGUUUUCAUGAACAAGUGUUCAGUUUGUGAUAGGCAUGAAUCAAGUGAGGUGGUCUCAGCCUGCCCUUAGUCAGACUUUCAUACGAUGAUUUUUCUUCCUUAGAAUUUCAUUUUCUUGUGUUUUGUUAAUUUGUACAUAAUAAAAUAAACUUGUGUAAUUACAAACUUUUGCCCCCCCCCCCCCCCUCUUCAAAACUAAUAUUUCUAAUAUUCUUCCAGGUACCAGUAUUGUAUCUUAUUUAUUGUAAACUUUUUAAAGUUUCAUUUUUUUUCUCUCUCUUUGGCUCCUAAGAAUGAAAUGUCUUGUUUCGAUUUAACUUUGUCAUUACAGUCAGGCAUUAAAGCAAUUGAGCACGGAUAAAGCUUUCAUUCAACAAAAUGUACCUGUCUUACAUUUGUUAUCAGACACUGAAGAUUUUUUUUAAGUUGUCUUUUUCCCCCUGGAUGCUUUAUAAUAUACUCAUAUACCUUCAUACUUAAAAACAGUAAUGUGCGAUUCUAUAUAUGGGGCUUAUGCUUAAUAUGCUGAAAAAGGAACCCAGAAUGGCAUAUUAGGUCACUGCAAUAUAUCAAAAUAAUUCGGCAAUAAAUGUUAUGAUCCCUGAAUACACAAGAUAAUAAAUCCCUGAACAUAUAAUAUCAUUAAAAAGUUCAUAUUUGUACACACAUCAGUCUUUUCUUGGAGCACAUUCAAUGAUUCCACAUGUUAUCAUUUUUGUACAGCAUGUUUUCAUUUCCAACCUAAGUUAUUCUGUUGCAAAUUUUAUUUUUUAAAUAAAAAAGACAUGCUAUCAUGGCAAAGAAAUAGGAGGAGAAAGGAAUACUCUUGUGAUUAUUACGAAAUGUGGAUUUGUUUUAGACACAAGCCGUUUGCUCUGUUCCAUGUAGUUCUCUUCUGAUUCAGAUGAAUGUGAAGUGACCUCUGUAUAUCAAUGAAUACAUAAUAUGAUGCCAUUGUAAGUCACGCAUUUCAAGCCGUCCCUUUGUUUUGUGACUUGAUGUACACAGGUGGUUUUGUCAAUUUUGCCUCAGUGCUUAUAUUCUCAACACAGCAAAGGUCAUGCAAGAUUGAAAGCCAUGUAAUUUAACAGUGAUUCAUGUCACUGUCAGAAUUGACCUACCCAUGGUUCAAAUCCACCAUUGCCUCAUCAAAAAUAAUCCCUGCUUUUACAUAUUAACGUCCUCUUGUUUAAAGCACUUUUAUUUCUCACUAAGACUCAAUGCCACUACCAAAUUCACUGAAGCCCAGCGUGUACUGAGGCUAAUAGAUGGUAUUGCAUAUUGAAAGAUGAAAUUAUAAUCCAUUUUCUCUGAGAUCCAUCAACCAUUCACUACAUAUGUCUUUAUACUAUGUGGGCAAUAUUAAUAACAUCACUGACCAUUUUCAGUGUGCAUCAUUCUGUUGUAAGCUGAUGUAACCCAUGUUAGCUCUGUUAGUUGUUGCCUCUGUCUAUGAAGAAAGGUUUUCACAUGUGGUGCUGUCUUUUAUUGCUUCCAUUCUGUAUGCGCACGGAACUGUAACAAAGCUUGCAAAGAUAUCAGAUUGGAAGUGUCAGCCAGUGUAUUUCCCCCCCCCUUUUUAAUGUCCUGUAACAAUAGUUUUUCCUGGAUAAAGUGGGGAAGCUCCAACAUUUGAAUAGCAGUGUGAGUCAGUAGUCAGCAAACUGAACCGUCAACUUUCAGCCCUAAUGCACGGCGAUUCUUUUUAUCUUUGAUUGGAAAAUGAAGAGUUUUUGACCUGUGUUGUGACGUACCCAUGCAUAUGUUUUUGGCUGGUCAUUACUAAGCCACGUCAGUAUGGACAUUUUACACAGGUUUGUCAAUCCUAUUAUUUCCAUAAUUUAGUGGGGAAAGUUUCAUUUUCACUGCCAUAAAUCUGGUAAGGAUACCAAUUCUUGGAUUUAACCAGAGCAGCUUUACAAAUCAAUUAAGUUUUACACGAGCUAGUACAAAUUACUUUGGUUCUUUUCUACUUUUAUGAGUCCCUCAAGAAUUGUCGAGUCCUUUUUAUUGUGCCUCCAAAGGCAAUAUGUUUUCUUAAUGUUGAAAAUGAUUUUUAUCCAAUAACUGAGUUCCAACAGAUCAAAUUCAGUGGGGAUAAUUGAUGCCUGUUCUUUAGAAUUACUUAGGAUGCUGCAUGGCAGAUACAUCUGUGAACCUGUUUUCAGUGCUUUUAUGGUAAUCUAGAAUAAUUUCCACAAAAUACCCAACACCAAAAUCGAUUUGGAUUCAGCACCUCAAGUACCAAGAUGUAUGUAGUCUGGCAUUUUUAAAGCUACAUAUAUACUCAUUUGUUAUGUUGAGAAGGAAGAAGUUAACAUGAUCUAAUUUCAUUGGGGAAGUUGCACCUUCCCAAAAGGAAAGUGAACUGCAUUUAGGUUCAAGGCAGUUGUUUUUCCAAUGAUGUAACACUUUUACAAUUGGCUCUGUGAAGGACAACAGAAGGCGUGUUGUAACAUUUUGGAGCUAUGAAGAAAAGAAUUGAGAAACUAAUCUUACUGCAAGCUAUUCAAAUCAUUAGACUGUUAGCAUGUCUGUGACUGUGCAGAAUUCCUAACCCUUGUAUGCACUGAGUGACUUAAGAAUGUAUUGGUUUGUGUAUGGAAUUAAAGGGAAAGUCAACCAUUAAAAAAACAUUGAAAAUACAUCCCCACCCAGUAGUGUUAGAACGCACAAUGUUAACACAUUAGCACAUUGUUUUCUGCUUCUGAAACUCAUCCCAUUGAAGUCAAUUUUAUUAAUUACUUGAAGGGACCAUUUUCACAAUGUAAAAUGUAGCUUAAUGUUACAUUGCAAAUAUCAAUUGAUAUUUUUGGCCAAUUCAUGUAACUGAUACAAUACUCAUAUUAACUCGGGAUUACAUUUUGCUUCAAGCAAGUUGAUGCAUUUUGAAGAUGCUUUUUAGUGCUACCGGCCUUUUGGUUAAGUAACAACCAUUUUCAAUGAAGUCAAAAUUUCCCCCCAAAAAAAUCUAUUGAGUGGUAAUUAAUUAAUUGCACGGUGCACUUAAUUGCUGAGUCAUUUACAUCACUCAAUUACAUCUUAUCUUGCAUCUGGAUCUAGUGUAGCAUUUCUUCUUAUCCUCUUAUUCUCGCGGCCUUUCAGCAAACCUCAAAGUUAUACCCCCAGCUUGUUUAUUUUUGUUUUGCAGGCAUUAUUAUGCCGCUCCUUGUGAGAAAUAGUCUGCUGAAACCAUAUGCAAGGCUAUGUGCUUCAGUAACUGACACACAAGGAGGUCAGCCCAUCUAGGUUCAUACAAGACUGCAAAUGGCUGUUCAAAAGUGAUGCUUCUGCAUAUCCACAUCCACUUUACCCUGGUACCACCACUUUAAAAGACCACGGGUGGAAACAUCAAAGCAGACACGAAGGAACAUCGUUUGAGAGAUUGAGAGAAUCCAAUUUCUUCAACACAUUAUUCAUCAGAAACAGGCCGCUGGUUAUACGUCAACAAAGAUAUGAGAAAUGUAUCAAUUGCUAGCUUUCAACGCAUGAGCCUUUACAAAGAUUGUUUGGAUGCUGGGCUUUAACGAAGAAAAUUAUUUCUAAUAACGCUUGGAAAGGAGCAAGAAGAGAUUUUAAAAGGAUGGCACAUGACAAAAUGCAUAACUAUCUGCAUUACUGUCACCUCAGAGUAUUUUAUCUCUGAAUAGAAGGAAACGAGUAUAUUCCAAAUCAAACAUGAAAAUGCAGAAAUGAAACCUGAUAGAAUCUUACCUCUCGGGUCACUUGGUCCAUUGUGGCUGUACCACGCUUA